GAAGAAGGUAACAAAGUCUGAAUUAAUUAUUUAAUUUUAGCAAAGAAAAAAAGAUCAAUCAAACUCACUCAUUCUCCUUCUUCUUGCAGUUACAACACUUUCAUUUGAACUUUGAAGCCACAUUGAAAUAUUGUAACCUCUUCUUCUAAUCAUCUCAGAAACAAUUAGUACAACAAAAAAAACAUGACUCUAUUUUCUUCUCUGCAAAUCAGCACCACCUUUCACUCUCUCAAUCCUUCUUCUUCAACAAUUCUUCCUCGUUUUCAACCUUCCAUUUCCCUCACUAAAAAAUCCAGAACAACAACAACAAGUACCAUCACUCGUGCUUCUUUGAUUGAAACUCCUGUUCUGUGGGUUGGUAGGAUCUGUAUCUUCUAUGCUCUUCUCAAGACUGGAUUCGUUGGAUCUCCAUCUAAUCCACUUCUCUCAGAUUUGGAAAUUGGUGAUAAUGGUGACAGUAGUGAAUCUGGUGGUGACUUAGGGUUCUCUAAAUGGACACAAAGUAUACUAGGAAAACCAGCAAAGGAAGUAGCUAACGGAGGGAACCUUACGAGCAAAUGGCAUCCUACAACAAAGGGUACGCUGAGAAGGAACUAUAGAGUCCCAUCCAAGUCUGAGGGGCAACGACUUCUUAAAUCCAUUGCAUCUCUAUUGUCAGAUGAUGACCACUUUGUUGAUGCCACUUCUCACAAGGGUUGUCAAAUCCGACGAGAAAGUGCUCAUGGAGAAAGUGUUUGUUGCAACAAUGUGAGAGCUCUUUUCGAUGAGUUACCAACUCCCCAUCUCAUUGUGGAGAUCACACCUUUUCCUGCUGGACCUCUUAGUGACAAUGAUUACACUAAAGCUGAGAAACUUGAGAGGGUUCUGAGAUCUAGGCCUUCUGUCUGAACCUUGUUUGGUGUUUCUCGUUUCCAUGUAUAUAUUCUUUGCUAGCUUGUAAAUAUUGGCAUCGUGAAGAGAAAUUUGUAUCAAAUCAAAUGUUUUAAAUUUGAGUUGAAUAACAUCUUUCAAAGACAAA